AUGGCGGCGGCGGCCGGUACAGAGGCCGUGGGCAGAUGCCUGGAAGAAUCCUCGGAUAGCGAACCGGAGCAAGAACCGGGCUCUCCCCUGAAACUAAUCCGGAAAGUGUCCACGUCGGGUCAAAUCCGAAGCAAGACAAUCCUGAAGGAGGGUAAACUGAUGAAGCAGACCAACUCCUUCCAGCGCUGGAAGAGACGCUACUUCAAGCUGCGCGGGAGGACCCUGUACUAUGCCCAGACUGCCAAGUCCAUCAUCUUUGUUGAAGUUGAUCUGACCGACGCCAGUGUGGCGGAAUCCAGCACCAAGAAUGUCAAUAACAGUUUCACCAUCAUCACACCUUGCCGUAAGCUGAUCCUCUGCGCGGAGAACAGGAAAGAGAUGGAGGACUGGAUAGCAGCGGUGAGGAGCGUGCAGAACCGGGAGCACUUUGAGUCCACCCAGUACAGCAUGGAUCAUUUCUCCGGGAUGCACAAUUGGUACGCCUGCUCUCACGCACGCCCCACAUACUGCAACGUGUGCCGUGAGGCGCUGUCUGGGGUUACGUCUCAUGGCCUCUCCUGUGAAGUCUGCAAGUUUAAAGCCCACAAGCGCUGUGCUGUGCGAGCCACCAACAACUGCAAGUGGACCACGCUAGCAUCAAUCGGAAAGGACAUCAUUGAGGACGAGGAUGGGAUUUCGAUGCCACACCAGUGGCUCGAGGGGAACCUGCCGGUCAGCGCGAAAUGCAGCGUCUGUGACAAGACGUGCGGCAGCGUGCUGCGAUUGCAGGACUGGCGCUGCCUCUGGUGUAAAGCCAUGGUGCACUCCGUGUGUAAGGAACAAUUGUCGUCCAAGUGUCCCCUGGGCCAGUGCAAGGUAUCAGUUAUCCCCCCCACAGCGCUCAACAGCAUCGACUCAGAUGGCUUCUGGAAGGCCAGCUGCCCCCCCUCCUGCACCAGUCCCCUCCUCGUCUUCGUCAACUCCAAGAGCGGAGACAACCAAGGAGUCAAAUUCCUGCGCCGCUUCAAACAGCUUUUGAACCCUGCCCAAGUGUUUGAUCUCAUGAAUGGGGGGCCACACCUCGGCUUGCGUCUCUUCCAGAAGUUCGACACAUUUCGGAUCCUAGUGUGUGGGGGGGAUGGGAGUGUUGGCUGGGUCUUGUCUGAGAUCGACGCUCUGACUCUACAUAAACAGUGUCAGCUGGGCGUGCUGCCGCUGGGCACGGGGAAUGACCUGGCGCGCGUGCUGGGAUGGGGCUCAGCCUGCGACGAUGACACGCAGCUCCCGCAGAUCCUGGAGAAACUGGAGAGAGCCAGCACCAAGAUGCUGGACAGGUGGAGCAUCAUGGUGUAUGAGACCAAGUUUCCACGGCAACACUCUAGUUCCACUGUGACGGAGGACUGUAGUGAUGACUCAGAGGUGCAACAGAUUCUUACCUAUGAGGACUCAGUGGCUGCCCAUCUGUCCAAGAUCCUGACCUCUGACCAGCAUUCUGUAGUCAUCUCGUCUGCAAAGGUGCUGUGUGAAACGGUGAAGGACUUUGUAGCUCGUGUUGGGAAGACGUAUGAAAAAACGCCAGAGAGCUCUGAGGAGUCAGAAACCAUGGCCAAGAAGUGUGGAGUGCUGAAGGAGAAGCUGGACUCGCUGCUGAAGACUCUGAAUGAAGAGGCGCAAGCCUCCACCGUCCUGCCCACACCUCCCCCCACUAUCGCCGAGGAGCAGGAGGAAGGGGAGGGGGUGCUGGUUCCCCCUCACUCCACGCCCCCAGUGCCAUGUUCCCCCCGAACCACAUCUGCCAUCUUCAAGCCCCGCGAGCAGCUGAUGCUGAGAGCAAACAGCCUGAAGAAAGCCAUCCGACAGAUCAUUGAACACACGGAGAAAGCGGUUGAUGAACAGAAUGCCCAAACUCAGGAGCAGAUCUUUGCUCUUGGGCAAGAGGAGGAAGAGGAGGAGAACGAGGACGAUGAAGAGUGCCGGCUGGAGGACAAAGUGUCCUUGCAGUCCUCUUAUAGUGGGAAUGCAAAGACCCGCUCUGCACGCAGAGUCUCUAAGUCACCGUGUGAAAAGCUCAUCCGCAAGGGCAGCCUGGCCUUGGGCAGCUCCGCCUCACUUCCUGUGCAAACAGGAAGCCGGGACAACAUGCCCAUGCUCAACACUAAGAUCUUGUACCCGAGUCUCAGGGCAGGGAUGUCUGGAUCCCUCUCCAGCAGUUCAGUUAUCAGCAGACUGCUGGUCAACGCCGACCCGUUCAGCUGUGACCCAGAGAACCUUGACUGUUACACAGAAAAGUGUGUCAUGAAUAACUACUUUGGAAUUGGACUCGAUGCAAAAAUCUCUCUGGACUUCAACAACAAGCGAGAUGAACACCCAGAGAAGUGCAGGAGUCGUACGAAGAAUAUGAUGUGGUAUGGAGUCCUGGGGACCAAGGAGCUGCUGCACCGGACCUACAGAAAUCUGGAGCAGAGGGUGUUGCUGGAGUGUGACGGCAGGCCCAUCCCCCUCCCCAGCCUGCAGGGCAUUGCUGUGCUGAACAUACCGAGCUACGCUGGUGGGACAAACUUCUGGGGGGGCACCAAGGAGGAUGACACCUUCACGGCACCCUCCUUUGAUGAUAAGGUUCUGGAAGUGGUGGCUGUGUUUGGCAGCAUGCAAAUGGCUGUGUCCCGCGUCAUAAACCUGCAACAUCACCGCAUUGCUCAGUGCCGGACAGUAAAGAUCACCAUCCUUGGGGACGAGGGUGUGCCGGUGCAAGUGGAUGGAGAGGCCUGGAUCCAGCCACCAGGUUUCAUCCGAAUUAUCCAUAAGAACCGCACACAGACCCUCACCAGGGACAGAGCGUUUGAGAACACGCUUAAAUCCUGGGAGGACAAGCAGAAGGUCGAGAUCCCCAGGCCGUCGGCCCAGCAUGCACUGCAACCUGAGAUUGUGUCUGAAGAGGAGGCGGCUCAGAUCAACCUUUUUGGUCAGGCAGCUGGAGCCCUCAUACACAGUAUACGGGAGAUUGCGCAGUCUCACCACAGCCUGGAGCAGGAGCUGGCCCAUGCGGUAAAUGCCAGCUCUAAGGCAAUGGAUGUGGUCUACGCCAAGAACACAGAGGGGUUGAACUGCAGUGUUGUGGUUCAGAUGGUGAGCAAUGUUAAGGCCCUUCACAAUGAGACAGAGCUGCUGCUGGCUGGGAAGAUGUGUCUGCUGGACCCCCCUCAGAAGGAGCAGCUCAGUGGGGCUCUGGGCAGUGUGGGUGUGCAGCUCCGCAAACUGGCAGACAUCGCCUGGCUGUGCCAGCUCAUUGACCCCACAGAUGAUGAGGUGCAUCUGAUGGACUUCGCCAAGCGCCGUAGUGGAAAGUUCCGCCUAGUACCCAAGUUCAAGAAGGAGAAGAACAACAAGAACAAGGAAACAAGCACCAGUCUGGGCCUGCCAGUGCAUCAGUGGGGCACAGAGGAGGUGGCAGCCUGGCUGGAAGUCAUCUGUCUCACUGAGUACAAGGAGAUCUUCAUCGGCCACGAUGUCCGCGGUGCAGAGCUGCUGCAGCUGGAGAGACGCGACCUCAAGGACCUGGGGGUGACGAAGGUGGGUCAUAUGAAGCGUAUACUGCAGGGGAUCAAAGAGCUCAGCCGGAACAGCAGCGCCAGCGAGGCCUAGUGUCUGCUCCCCGAGCUAACCAGGCCGUCAGCCUGACUUGACCUUGUCUUACCUGUGGAGUGCUGCUAUUCUGACAGGGACCAAUCACGUUGCAAAACUCCAAAUCAGAACCUCAUCAAGGAUUGAGUGAACCAAUCGGAUCAGAGUGCCUUUGUUGCCCACUUCUUCAGCAUCAGCACACUUGGGGGGGUUGGGGCGCAGCCUGUUGAAAACCAACAUCAGCACAUGGGGUGAGAGGGGGGCAGCCUGGAGAAAACCAACAUCAGCACACAGGGGAGGCAGCCUGGAGCAAACCAGCAACAGCACGCGGGAUGGACAACCUGGAGCAAACCAUCAUCAGCACACAGGGUGGGACAGUUUGAAGCAAAUCAGCAUCAGCACACAGUGGGGACAGCCUGGAGCAAGCUCUCCUACCUACUGUGCCUGACCCCUGACCCCUGUUCUCCCCUGAGCACCUGUGAACUCUGUCCCUUUACUCCUGACCUCCUGAGAUUCUCAUCCCAAAUCAGCGUCUGCAUUUGACUGACUCACUCAACUGAACACUGCCACCUAUUGGGAGAUCAGAGAGCUAGUGUCUGGAUAAGAACAGGCAAUACUAUGAUUGUUAAAGUGAGAGGGGAUGUGUAAUAUCAGUUUUGACUGUAGGGGGAGCUGCAGCUCUCUGUGUUCUCAUUACAUCAAGUGACUGAAUCUAGAAAAUGACUGAAA